GGUAUAUAUCACUGGGCUUCCUUCAUUUGCUCUAGUGACUCAUCACAUUCACGAUAUUCACCCCUUCCCUAAAUCAAACUACCUAGAGUGCCGUAAUGGCGUGGAUACGAUGUACGAUGUUCAGAUGGCAGAUCUUUGGUCGCUUGGAAUUAUCCUCAUCAACCUUCUGUAUCACCGAUGUCCUUGGUCUGACCCAUGUCCCCAAGAGUCCGUUGCGUUUUCAGAAUUCUUGAGGAGCCGAGUCGACUUUUUGCAGCGACGGUUCGAGGAUAUGCCUGGGCCGGUGGCACGAUGGCUCGCUCUGCGAGUGUUUGCAUUCGUCGGAGCACACAGGUUUAAAAGACAGCGCUCCCGACCAGGAAUCAGCGAGUGGAAAUCAUGGAUGGUCGAUUUUGUUCCCAGGAUGCUGGGCCAGAUUGAGUCGGAUGUCGAGGAAGAGGAAGAGUAUGACGACCGGGAAGAGUACCGAGAGUAUCUGGACUUGUACGAAAACGACUCUCUUGGCCAGGAAGUGGAGGGCGACGAGAUAUUGGACGACAGCGACGACGAUGACAAUCAGGUUGUGCCAAUUGUGAUCCAGUCAUCAUCGCUCAAGGACAAACAGCACCUUCACCUGGAUCCUGGACGCGCCUAUGCAUCGUAUCACGUUCCUGUCGAUGGAAGGAUUCACAGCUCAUUCACUUCGUCGUCGAUGCCCAAGUUUGAUCCCUCAGCAUUUUAUCAGCCGGCGCGACUUCGACAAGAGUCUUGGUCGGACGCGAUUGAUAUGGAAGGAACUGAGGACGCCGAAAUGGACUUUUCAGCGCCAAUCCUUUUUGAAGAAUCCGAUGACGAGGGCCAAAUCAACACCCCAGAAAUCGACUAUGGGGAUGACUCUAGCGGACUUGCUGUGGCUCUUCCAGACGACUUUAUUGAUCCACUACCGGAGCCGAGCGCAGCCUCUUCGGGACGACAAACGCCCUCGACGCCAAGCAUGACACAUCUGAUGUUCAACUCGGAAAAGAGGCAGCUCCCUGCGCAUUUUCGACUCGAUCUGGAUUUGUCUAGCCAGCAUUCGUCACAGGAUUCCUCAAAGCGCAGCGCGGGUCGUGGAUCACCAGGGCUCGAGUCGAACGAUCAAAUCAAUACUUUGGUAUUUAUUGAACCGGAUGUUUCAAGGGCAUCUAUUGAUGACAAUCAAAAUGCAGCUGUAGCUGGCGGUCAUGCGAUCGCAUCAUCUUUACCCUCGACCAGCCAUAUGGAGGCGGCUUUAGGUCCAGGAUCUGCUCUCAAUAAGGAGAGAGUUCUGUUGAAACAGCAAAUGCGCAAGCCGGCCCGCAAUCUACAGGAUGUUAAAGCUGUGCCCUUCGUCUUUCCGCCGCUUAAGAAUCCGGCUAUAUCGGGCAACCCGAUCACUGACAGUAUUCAGAACUUGACACCAUCACUUCAGCCCAAAAAGAAAUCCAGUAUGUCGCAGUUGCUUGCAAAAUCCGACUACAAAGGACCUGGACUAAACGAACCUCAUAUGGCCCCUCCGACCAAAUCUGGCGUCUAUGUUAUACCCAAGCGGUCUCAACUUGGGCCCUGGCCAGGCCCAUCUGCAGAAUCUGGCACGUCGCGCCCGAUCGAGGCAGAUGUAACUGCUGAGCGUAGCUCAAAUUGGAGAAAGAGUCACCAUCGUGGAGGGAGCUGGACAUCCAUUGAUGAUACCUGGCCUGGGCGUAAGGAUUCUUCAGCGCGUGGAGCCAACAAUGGAGGAAGGAUCGGCUCAGGAAUGCGGCGUGGACGCGACGACAAAGAAGAUGGUCAUGCAGGCUUACCGCCUCGAGUGGAGAACAAGUUCCGACCACGAUACCGUCAGGGACAGGGACGCCGAAUGCCGCCGAAUGCUAAUACGUCGGGUCUCCCUCCAGCGCCGCCAAUCACUCAAACUGGAUUCAAUCCUUCUCGCUUGCGCCAUCAGAGCCGAUCUGGGACUGUUUUCGACAACAACUUGCCAUCAAUUGGAUCUGGAGCACCAGGGAGCGAAAUUGAACCACACAGGUCUGACCUAAGGAACGUAAACAGGGAUCACCAGCCUCAGCAUCAGUCUCAGCAUCAGUCUCAGCACCAGCCGAAAUAUGAGAACAGCCAACUUCGGAUGCACAGCAAAUCGAGUUCAGGAAGCACUGCCUCGAAGCUCGAUGGUCAGCGUAACAAGAGUCUAGUGGACUUGCGUGCCAUGGAUGCCGCCAGUCAACCUUGGCGGCAACCAGCCCCUGCGACUACUGUGAAUUUAAAUGCCACUUCUUCAACCGCAUCAGCUAUGGGCAAAGCGAAAUCCCAGGCGGGAGCAGGUGAUUCCAGCCAGCGGAAGGGCUCUCAAGGAAAUCCGGCUGUGGAUCAAGGCAUCUCUAGUCUACUCAAGAAGAAUCGUAUGGCAGAAAAGAUGCCAUUGACAGAAGGAGAUGCGCCCAAGGACAAUGUGUACCAUCCGCCUCACUGGCAUGAAAGAAAUAACUCGAGUUCAUCCAACCCCUCGCGGAGGCCCUCGAGUGGCUAUGAGUCUGACAUUACUGGGUGGCAGAAACAGGACGGUGGGGCGCCUCUCAGCUUUUCACCCAAAAAUCGGAGCGCCUCGAAGGGACGUCUAGGAGGAGGGGGACAUCCUGUAGGACAUAGCAUCGCAUCGCCACCGGUAGAACGUAAACAAGCACAGGGACGGACAGCGGACUCGACAAGCAACUGGCGGGCUGGAGAUACUGGCGACAAUGUCGUACAGACGGACGCACAGCCCUCUGUCUCAUCGAUGUUGGCGAUCAAGAACGAGGACAUGAGGCGAUCGCCUUUGAUUAUGACCCUGAUCCCGCCAACCCCGAAUGUGAUCGACAAACCUGAGUUCCUUAUGGAUACGCCGGCUAAUGUUUCAAAAGCCUCGGAACCUUCACGCGAGCAGGAUGCAGUCGAACCCAAGAAGAUUGUCAAACCUGGAACCAUGACAGGUCUCGGGAACAUGCUGCGCGGACUUGUGGCCUACAACAAGAACAUCAAGGUCGGAGGCGAAGGACUGACGGCUUCAGAACCAAAUUCUCCAACAUCGCCCGAACGCCUUCGGAAUCCGAGAGGCGGUGCUCUACAAGGAAGCACGACUCUGCCCACAUCUCGCUCCACGGAUGAGAAGGACGCCUUGGAGUUGUAGGCGACUCUUCCCUCGUCC